AUGGUACUAGGCGGGCGUAACGACCGGAGGCGUAAUCCUUUCUUCCUGACCCUCCUCGCGGCGGUUCUGCUUUUGGUCUUCUUCACCGUUUCACUACCAAAGAGACGGGACAGGCUUUUCAUCCUGCGGACAUCAGAAGCAGAUCAGGCAGCAUCUGCUGGGUUCCAGCUAGAGUUGAGCAGCAUCAAAUCGAAACAUGCAUAUGCUACCUUCUUGGCAAGUGACUCAGAGGAAGACAGCUAUGACUCUAUCAACGAGGACAAGUACUUUGUCGCGACUCGGAUCCUAGCAUAUCAGCUGCUGCAUGCGCCCGAGACAAGAUCGAACAACAGCAUUCCUUUUGUUGUGCUGGUCAACAAGCACGUUUCGGAAGCCAAGAGGGACCGGCUGAGACGCGAUGGCGCGAUUGUCUGGGAACCGAAGUCUGUCGAUCCUGGAUGGAUCCGAACAGGCGUGCCGACUUGGCAAUUCGUCCUGACCAAGUUGCGGCUUUGGGAACUGGUACAAUUCGAGCGCAUAUGCUUCCUCGAUGGUGACACGGUCCUUAUGAAGAACCUGGAUAGUGUCUUCGAGGAAGAUGCUGUGCUAAUGAGCAAGACCGGAAACAGUCAGGAGGCGCUCCGCGAUGACGAGGGAAAGCAUCCCUCCGACUACUCCUUCGCGGGUAUCGUGGAGAUGAACAUGGAGCACCACUACCCUCCGACUGAAGCAAAUCACGACUGGCCCAACGGCGGCUACCUCAACGCAGGCUUCUUUGUCAUGAAGCCCGACCUCGACAUGCUGGAAUACUACAUCUCUCUGACCAAGACACCCGAUCGCUUCGAGCCUCUGCUACCCGAACAGAAUCUACUCAACUACGCCCAUCGACCGGAGGGCAACAUGCCGUGGAAGCAUCUCGACACCAAGUGGAACAUGCAUUAUCCUACGACUGAGGACAUCGAAGGUGGUGUCUACUCGCUGCACGAGAAGUGGUGGAAUCCGGUUCAUGUUGAGCUGAGGCCGUUCCUGGAGAGUUGGAGAUGGAGGAUGGAAGGAUUUUGGGAAGGUCGAGAGGUUGAUGCGAGAGUGCGAUGA